AUGAUGACUAGACAAAAGCAAGCCGAGGAUCAUGUUGAUGUGCUCAUUGUGGGAGCCGGGCCAGCUGGUCUCAUGCUCGCGAACUGGAUGAGCCGGUUGGGAAUCAAGACGCGCAUUGUGGAUAAGCGUAACACCAAGAUUUUCAGCGGACAGGCAGAUGAUCUCCAUUGCCGGACACUAGAGAUUCUCGACUCCUUCGGCAUUGCUCAGCGUGCCUGGGCCGAGCCGAACCACAUGUUGGAGAUUUGCCUUUGGAACCCAGACAAGGAUGGCGUAUCCGCCGGUCUGACCAAAUCCCCGACACGAUCCCUGGCCUCAGUCGUUUCCAGCAGGUCGUGCUUCACCAGGGCCGCAUUGAGCGGUUCUUCCUCGACUCCAUCAAGGAGCACAGCGACAUCGCAGUGGAGAGAGGCGUGCUGCCAACCUCGUUUGAGGUUGACGCCGCCAAAGCUGUCGAUUUCAAUGAUUACCCCAUCACAGUCGCUUUGCGCACCCUUACCGAGGAAGAAGCGACUCCUCAGCAACAGAAGGCCACGGAAGGUGCUGCAGUCAGCGAUGGCUUGUUCCGCAGCAAUCUCGCCGCCCAAGGCCGGUCAGGGCAUGAAUGUCAGCCUGUGCGAUACCUACAACUUGGGAUGGAAGAUUGCUCAUGUCGUAAAGGGCUAUAGUGAUGGUUCGAUCCUCAAGACCUAUCAAUCAGAAAGACGUCGCAUCGCACAAGAUCUCAUCAACUUCGACUACCGUUUCUCCCGCCUCUUCUCUGGCCGUCCGGCCAAGGACGUAAUGGACGAGGAGGGAAUCACUGUCAACUACAAUUCUAGUAUCGUCGUGGCCAGGGAGGGAGACUCUGUCGAACAAGGUGAUGGUACCGAUGUCGCCAGCAAGGACAAGAGCCUCCGGGUGGUCAGCAAGCAAGAUCUUUCGACGGGCAUCAAAUUCGGCAUGAGAAUCCCUAGAAUCAAGUCUUACCACGAAGGCCACGGCAAGGCGUACGAGAACUACGACAUUGAUCCUAAGCGCGGCGCCAGCGUGAUCGUCCGGCCCGAUCAGUAUGUCAUCUGGCUCGGCGAGAUGGAGAACUAG